CUCGCGAACGCAGCGGGCCACACACGACGUCGAUCCCAAAUUUAUGGGGCUAACAAAACGUCGCCGUUUAUCCUAUGCACGAGAGCCCAGUCCAUUCACCCAUUCACACCACUUUGAGGCCAGAAAUUAAAAUUCUUGGGGGGACUUGACAUGCUUCUGUGCAGGUUUUUUUUUUUACUCAUCAAUGAGAAAUGAAGUGGGUCUUUUCUCGAGGUGCUCUGCAUGUCUCGCGUCCGAAAAUCCCGCAGUGGCAUUCAUCUCGCGGGAACGCCGCGAUCAUCCUUGCCGCGUUUCUAGCUUCCGACGCGGGAUCGGGGUUUGAGAGAGUCAAGCGUGGCGGAGAAGAUCUAUCUGGCAGCUUGGGGAGAGUCACGAUUUCGACGGGCAAAAAAGUCCACGGCUCGCUAUCCGCCUGGGAAAUCGGCGGAGAAUUUUGUAGUUACGCGCGUUGAUGGUGGGGGAGAAUGUAGCGUAGCUAGUCUGGUCGCGAUGAGACACACAGCAAUCGAGUUUAAUGAAGGGGGUAGCCCAAACAAGGCAGUUGGCUCUAGUCUAGACGAGGAAAAAGGGUGGGUCUUCGGACUCGAGUAGACGGUCCACAACUAGGGGGUCAGGUAAGGUUGGAAUCAUCCCGACAAUAUUGGUAGGGGGUUGGG